AUGCUCCUCUUGACGCUUGCCUUGGGCUUUGGAGCCUUUGCCAUAGCGCUUCAAAUCUUGACGUGGUUCCGAGAGCAUGAAGCUAAAUCGCAACGAGCAGCACUGCAUGGCUGCCAACCACCACCACGCCUGCUCAAUCAGAGACCCUUCGGCCUGGAUCGCCUGGAGCAAAUAUUUCGGGCGAACAGUGAAUCACGUCUCAUGGAGCUCUUCUUGUUCCACUUCCGACUGUGGGGCACUACACUUGAGCAGGUUUUCCUCGGCACACAGGCGUUCGGGACUAUUGAGCCGCGGAAUCUGGAAACCAUAUUGAGCUCCCAUUUCCAGGAUUGGUCUAUGGGAUCGAGACACCGGGUUAUGCACCCUUUCUUCGGGGAUGGUAUAUUCACUCAAGAGGGAAAUGACUGGAAACGCUCCCGUGAGCUGUUGAGACCCCAAUUUGCUUAUAAGCAGUACGAGGAUCUGGCGGUGUUCCAUGAGUCUGUUGAUACUCUCAUCGCCGCCCUUCCAGAGUCUGGCCUCGUGGACCUACAGCCAUACUUCUUCAAACUCACUUUGGAUGUCACCACAUCGUUCUUGUUUGGAGAGUCGGUUAACUCACUUAGCCAGGCCGAUGAUGGUAGCAAGCUCAACUUCGCUACUGCCUUCAACACAGCCCAGGACUACGUUGCGAAGCGUAUGAGGUUACAAGAUCUGUACUGGCUUGUAGGCGGACGCAAAUUUCGCGACGCAUGCAAUGCCGUGCACCGCUUUGCUGACCAAAUUAUUGACAAAAAUUUGGAUCGUGGUCCAGACGCCGAUGAUAAGCAAGGACGAUAUGUUUUCCUUGACUUUCUCUCCGAGAACACCUCCGAUAGGACUGCUCUCCGAAGCCAGAUCAUCAACAUUCUUGUCGCUGGACGAGACACAACAGCUUGUCUCAUCUCUUGGACCAUAUUCUUGCUGAUGAGGCACCCUCGCUGUCUAGACAAACUCAGAAGUGAAAUCGCAGAAACGGUAGGUGGCAGAAGCGAUCUGUCGCGCUCUGACUUGAAAGCAAUCAAGUACCUGCAUCACGUUCUCAACGAGACGUUACGCCUCUACCCCUCUGUCCCAGUCAACUCGCGCGAAGCUGUACGAGAUACACUACUUCCCGUCGGUGGCGGUCCAAAUCUGGAUAAACCCGUUUUCGUUCCCAAAGGUGCCGCGGUGGCGUAUAGUGUCUACGCCAUGCACCGAAGACCAGACUUUUAUGGCAUGGACGCCGAAUUGUUCCGGCCUGAGCGGUGGGAGGAGCCUAUGGCCUUAAAUGAUGACCCCGUGAAUGCGAAAUGGGGCUUUCUUCCCUUCAAUGGCGGCCCGAGAAUGUGCCUAGGCAUGGAUUUCGGCCUUUACGAGGCAGCGUACACCGUGGUCAGGCUGCUACAAAGGUUUCCAAAUAUGAGCCUGCCGCCAGGCGAGAAGGUGGAGCUAACAGGCGUCGAAAAGCAAACGAUGACUCUUGUUGUUUCGAUAACAGAGGGCUGCCACGUGAAGCUUUAG